AUGGACCUGCAGAAUAAUGAAGGCCCAGCCCAGCCCAGCCCGGCCCAGAAGUGUACAGGUCUGAAUCAGGAGGACCAGCCCAGCGGCGUGAACACAGACGAAACCAGCCGACCUGACUCCAGUUGCAGAGUUGCUCGCCUCCUCGAGCUCCUCGCACACCUCUACCUCCUCGCCGCGGCGCCGAGACCAGCGACGAGACGACGGCGGCUAGGCGAUCAGGGGCAGCAUUCCGCCCACCAACGACACCUCGCCGGCACGGUCUGCCACGGAAUCCCCUUCCCGCACCUCGCCGACGGCCGUCCGCCCGGCCUCCUCCCCGGCAACGUUGAGCCACCUCGGUCGGCCACGACCUCCGUCGUCUACGUGAAUCGUGAGCUCCCUCCCUUCCCCUUCCUUAUUUCUCGUUGCGCUCAGCAUUCGAGCCAUAAUUUUCGUACUGGCCUGCAGGCAGAGCUCGUGGUCCAAGAACUGUACCCUGCUCCUCGCGCGCCGACGGCCGUCCGCUCACCUGUUUUUGGCUAUAUGUUCCUGUCAUGGCCUAAACAAGAUGGCACUCUUUAUGCGUUCAAGACCUUGAAUGAGACUAUAUAUUUCAUGUUUGAGGCUUCAGUUGUGAUGUCGUAUGAUUAUAACAGCGACAGUGAUGAUAGUUACAAUUCCGAUGACUGGGACAAUGACGGUGAGGCUGAAUCCUCAUCUGCUCCAGCUUUGAGGAGCCCUGAUACUCCUGGCCCGUCCACACUGGUACCUCAGAUUUUGAUUAGAGAUAACCGUGACACUGAUGAGUUCGACUGGGAUGAUGAUGAUGAUGAUGAUGAGGCUGGCCUCUCGUCUUCUCCAGCCCCGAGAAACCCUGAUGCCCCUGGUCCGUCCACAUGGGUGCGACAGGGUGCUGGUGGAAGUGCCAAUGGGGCGGCGCCAUUGUCUUAUUCAAUUGAUGAUUAUGUGGCAAUGGGUUUCUCGAAAGAAUUGGUCUUGAAGGGCAUCAAGAACAUAUUUAAAACUAGUGGUAAUAGCGACGGAGAUCCAAACCAAUUGCUUGAGCUACUCCUGGCAUUAAAGGAACUAGGUGAUGACUCCUUAGUGGAAAAUCGCUCUACUUCUGGCUGUACCCCCAAAAUUGUUGAAAAUGAAGUUGAUUCUGAAGGCUGGGAUGAUGAAAAUGAUUUUUUUGAGAGAGAUCUUAUCUCUCAUGGUUCUAAAGUGGAGGAUUUUCUACAGGACAUGUCACCGAGGGACAAGAAGAUCCGAUACUUACUGCAAAUGGGGUUUCCUGAAGAUGAAGCGAAAAUGGCCAUCACAAGAUGUGGUUUGGACAGUGCCAUGUCUGUCUUAGUUGAUUCUAUUCAUGCAUCACAGGCUAUUGGAGAUGAGCAUGAGACCAGGAACAAUAAUUGCAUCGAUUCCUCUAUGGAGAGAAAGAAAGGAAAGCUCAUGGAAGAUUGCAAGAAAAGGAAACGGUUUGAAAGAGGUGGAGAAAGCCGGCCUUCUUGGUAUCAGAACCAUGAUGAUCUGAUGCGUGUUCCAAGUCAUAUGAAGAGAUCUAACUUGCCGAAUGCAGUGAAUAGAAGAAUUCCUAAAGAAGCCAUUGGACCACCCUUUUUCUAUUAUGAAGAUGUGGGUUUUGCCCCAAAAGCCAUCUGGAAUAAAAUCUCAACAUGCCUAGACAAUAUUGUGCCGGAAUUUUUUGAUUCAAAGUGCAUGAGUGCAGCUGCCAGAGAAAGAGGAUUUGCACAUAACUUGCCAAUUGACAACAGGACAACCCUUCUCCCUCUCCUGCCAAAAACAAUAUUUGGUGUGUUCCCUCACACCAAGGCAUGUUGGCCCUCCUGGGACAAAAGAACACAGCUAAAUUCUUUGCAGUCAUGCAAGGCAAGGCCAAAACUGUUAAAGCAUAUUCAACAUCUUCUUGCACGCUAUGAUGAUAUACCACCGCUAGGGGUCCAGCAAUAUGUUAUGGAGGAGUGCAGAAAGUGGAAUCUUAUUUGGGUUGGGAAGAAUAGAGUUGCUUCCCUGGAUCCCCAUGAUAUGGAGCAUCUUCUUGGAUUUCCAAGGAAUUAUACCAGAGGAGUCACUACAACGGAUAGAUACAAGUCUUUAGGGGAUGCGGUCCAAAUAGAUACAGUGGCCUAUCAUUUCUCUGUGCUCAAAGAUAUGUUUCCCACUGGCAUAAAUGUCUUAUCUAUGUACAAUGGCAUUGGAGGUAGUGUGGUUGCACUUGACAGGCUCGGUAUUCAGUUGAAGACGGUGGUAUCCGUUCAGACUUCCGAAGUCAGCAGAAACAUCUUCAGAAGCUGGUGGAGCGCGACUCAAUCAGGCACACUGGUUCAGAUCAAUAAAAUGCAAGAUUUGAGUGAUGACGCAGUUAUAUCAUUAAUCAAAAAAUAUGGAGAUUUUGACUUGGUUGUUGGAGGCAAUGCAUGCAACAUCCCUGGCAGUGGUGAAUAUGAUCCCAAGCAAUUUUCUUUAUUUUUGGAGUAUGUUAGAAUCCUGAAAGCUGUUAGGUCAGCUAAGGGAUCAGGACGUUGAUAAGUUCUAGUCUAAUUGGUGCUAGAAAGAAGUAUUCUGUCCUUAGCGUCAUGUAGUUUUCAGUUUUAUUCAUGUCAUGGUUGUUGCUAGCUAACCAAGAGUAUGUUCGCAGCGGUCUGCGCUGCAAGAGUAGUUUACUUGCAACUCUGAUUAUGAAUGUUGGUAGUUACCGAUGUGAAGGUAUUAAGGUGACUUAUGUUAUAUUUGAAAGGCUACUUGUGGGUUUCAUGUUGAAGAAUAUAAUAACUGGUCAUAUUUUUCAUGUUGAAGAAAUUUCAGUUUCAUAUUG